AGCUGCUGCUGGUGAAGAUGGCGGACGGGGACAGCGGCAGCGAGCGCGGCGGCAGCAGCGGUGGCGGCGGCGGCGGAGGCGGAGGAAGCGGAGGAGGAAGCGGCGGCGGCGGUGGAGGCGGAGGGUUCCAGCACUACCAGCGGGAGUCGGAGACCCAGGAGCUGGCGUCCAAACGGCUGGACAUCCAGAACAAGCGCUUCUACCUGGACGUGAAGCAGAACGCCAAGGGCCGGUUCAUCAAGAUCGCGGAGGUGGGCGCCGGCGGCUCCAAGAGCCGGCUCACCCUCUCCAUGUCCGUGGCCGCGGAGUUCCGCGACUACCUGGGCGACUUCAUCGAGCACUACGCGCAGCUGGGGCCCAGCACGCCGGAGCAGAUCGCUCAGUCCUCCGGCGGGGACGAGCCGGGGCCGCGGCGGGCGCUGAAGAGCGAGUUCCUGGUGCGGGAGAACCGCAAGUACUACCUGGACCUGAAGGAGAACCAGCGGGGGCGCUUCCUGCGCAUCCGCCAGACCGUUAACCGCGGCCCCGGGCCGGGCUUCGGCGGGCCGGGGGCCGGGGGGGCUGCGGGCGGGCUGCAGGCCGGCCAGACCAUCGCCCUGCCGGCGCAGGGGUUGAUAGAGUUCCGCGACGCCCUGGCCAAGCUGAUCGACGACUACGGGGGGGACGAGGACGAGCUGGGGGCCGCCGGCGGGGGCGGCGGGGCCCCCGGCGGGGAGCUGCCCGAGGGCACCUCCAUCAUGGUGGACUCCAAGCGCUUCUUCUUCGACGUGGGCUCCAACAAGUACGGCGUGUUCCUGAGGGUGAGCGAGGUGAAGCCCAGCUACAGAAACUCUAUCACCAUCCCCUUCAAGGCCUGGGGGAAGUUCGGGGGGGCGUUCAGCCGCUACGCCGACGAGAUGAAGGAGAUCCAGGACCGGCACCGGGACAAGAUGUACGAGCGGCGGGCCGGGGAGGAGUCCGAGGGGGACGACGUGGACGACGACUGAUGGAUGGAUGGAUGGAGAUGGUGGCAACAUGAUGCAAAAGCCCUGGAGAUAAACAGAUUAAGGGAGAGAUGUUGUGCAUGACGAAAAUGCUAAAACACCGGAGUAUAAAUUAAGAAAAAAACAAGUAUUUUGGACCUGAUAAAUUUCUGUCUAUAUCAGUCUAAUCAUGAUCUAAAGCAGUGGUUCCCAAACUUUCUGUGCCCAAAUAAAAAUUUCAAGGCACAUCUAUUGUGCAAAAUAGCCUUAUAACACGUGUUAUUAUCACUAAUAUCAUCUGUUUAUCUGUUAAGUUUAUUAUUUACUAAUGCCAAAUAAGAUAUGACAACGACAACUAUUCUACUCAUGAAAUAUUUAUUAACAAAAUACUUGACAAAAAUAUUUAAACUUUAUCAAAUUGGGCUUCAUCAAACACACCCAUUUCAGGAGGAUUUUUUAAUAUAGUUUUUAGAUAAAGAGUUUGCCUCUGUAUUAUGGAAUGAGUGCAUUCAAAGUAGUAUAUAGUAAAUUAAAAUAAUUAUUUUUGUCUAGUUGUAUACUAUAUUGCAGUAGGCUAUGGUUGUCACAAAAUCCCACGGCACACUUGGACUUGCCUCAAGGCACACAGUUUGGGAACCGCUGAUCUAAAGUAAUGAGAUUCCCCCAUUAAUUUUUUAAAAUAUAUAGAUCUAUAUCAUCAUAUAUCUAUAUAUAUUAGAUUGAUAUUGAUUUAUUGAGUAUUGAUUGUCCCAUUUGUCACAUGUAGCCCAGCAGAUUAAGUUUGGCAGGACGCAAUAGUGUCGUCACCAGUACCACUUCCUGGUUGAUAUCCAAUGAAAAGAGCGCCCCGUUCCGGCUGACCGGUGGUCAUUAUGGGAUGGAAGGAAGUGCGAGACAUUUGUGACCCAGUCGAACCAGCAGGUGCAGAGUUGGGAGUGAGACGGCUCUUGCACGGCUGUGUGUGUGUUUUUGUCUGAAGUGACCUGUAACCGAGGGCUUGUCCAGACCCCCCCCCACCACCACCAUCACCACACACACACACACACUCACAUCUCCAGACCACGCAGAGCCGCAGUCUCGGCUACGUGGGGCAUGGCAGGAAAUCCUCUCAGCCCAGCGAGGUCCCGUAAGGUGAUCUGUUACAAGCACAUGACUCAUGUGGAUCUACUGCGCAAUCCAAAUGAGUCCAGACAACCUCAUCCUGUCCUUCCUCUCCUUCCCCUCCUGGGCAUCCCUCAGGUGCUGAUCUCCUGCUUCGAUAGCUUUGGUGCGGUGAGGCCUGCUCACAUGUGGCUUGUUGUGUCUCAGGGCUGAAAAAAACAAACAAACCAACCCCUGAUGCAUAUUUUUUGGGGUGUAUCAGCAUUUCCUGUGCCUGUGCAUCAUCCUCAAGAGGUUCUGGGUCUGCCUCUGCUGCACCUGAGGCCCCUGAGGCAGCUGAUGAUGUCUCCUGUGAUACAGGGCCAUGUUUUAACCUCCGUGACCUUCUCGUCGAAGGGGAUGCACUGAGCCUCAGGCCUCCAGCACUGGUCACAGUUUUCAAAUUAAAGUUUAAUAUUACCGGGCUUGAGCUCCAGUCUCAAGGGUAUCCUUGCUGACUUACUUAGGGUGCAACAUCUGGAUCCUCUAAUCUUGAACUCUGACCAUUAACGACUGAAGCAACGUUCAGUCUGAUUGUAACAAAACAAUUAGGUGCUUUUUGGAUACGAAAAAAAACCCACAAUGGGGUGUUGUACCUGCAGACAAAUAUAUAUAUACUCAAAGAGAUAUACUAACUAAAAAGAUCAAGUAUAGAUAGAAUUAUUUUUCAAAAGAGAUAUAUUGAAAUGUGUCUCAGAACUAUGAGACAUUUAUUAGAUAACGCUGCCUAAAGUGGCUUAUUUAAAACACUAAACUUGGAUGCAACUGUCCAGGGUGAUAUUUCAUACCUGCUUUUUUUCUCCCUAACACUUCUGUUAUUCCUUAGAGGAAAUAAAGAGUACAAAAAAAUUGAUUAAACAUGUUUAUAGCAACUCCUAGAGACAACUUAAUUGAAGUAGUUUGUCAGUAAACACUUAGCACUUCAGUUCACUUUACAGAGCAUCAAGUUGUCCCCUCGUUUCAGUCACCACCUUUUACCUUGUUUCGUCGCAAAUUGGCUUUCCAUCAGUCGCCGUACGACACCAACAGAAACGCCUGCAACCAUCAACAUUACGUCUUUAGCGCUCCUUUUAAGCGAUAGGAUCAUUUUUGCAUGCCUGCACUCCCGCGGAGCUGCCUUGUGUUCUUUUCUUUGCAUAUUCUGAUUGAUGUAUAAUGGUAUUUAUCCAUUUUUGAGAGCAGUUUCAAGUUUUAUUUCUCUAUUGCAAUAGACAAAAACAAAGUUUACUUCUCAAUCUAAUUACUUAAGAAAAAGAAAAAAGAAGAAGCUACAACUUUCCCACGUUUGGGAAAAGGUCACUUUCAUUGUCCCACUUCCUUUGAUGUUCAAACCUCUUGUUGAAUUUUAUUUUAUCCCCUUUAACAACACAGCAGAGAAAUGCCAUAUUAAAAAAAAAACAUGACCUGGGAGCAAUAUUUUUUUUUGUUUUCUAUUGAUAUAAAUAUACAAUAUAUAUAUAUAUAAAUAUAUAUAUAUAUAAUAUUACACAUGAGAUUGAACUACAUCCCUCUUCCUGUACUGUGUUACGUGAAAUGGCAGCUGUUUCAGUCAUGUGUGUUCUGCUGUAAUAUUCUACUAAGUUCCUUUCAACAAGAAAUAAAAAGAAAAAAGAUUUUUUGCUCAG